AUGGUACUAGAUUGGAUUGUAUUAGAGGCUGAUUAUACAAUUCUAAGAGAUGUACAUGAAAAAACUGAUCAUGACGGGCGUGAUAAAAUGAGAGUGGAGGUAAAACAGCAUUAUUAUUGGAUUCCAUCAAAAGUGAUUAGUAUCUAUUUAUCCACAUGUGUUGCAUGGCAAAUUACGAAACCAGUUAAAAACCAUGUGGUGUCAACGGCAAUUGUAUCCUUUGGAUUUUUAACAAGAUUUCAAAUAGAUCUGAUUGAUUUAAGAACAAGACCGGAUGGAGAAUUUAAACGGAAGCCAGGAAGCAGCACAAUUUUAGGGGAAAUUUCAAAAUUUUAUUGGUGUAUUAAAGAUUUAGAUGUGAACGCUCUCGAACUUAACUUCGACUUAACUCAGGGUUAUCUCUGA